CCUUAUGAGAGAGGAAAGGAAACAAAGAAGUCACAGAAACGCACUGAGAAGAAAGCUGACUGUUAGCUAAUUAAACAACGCAACUUGUGUAAUGUGUCAUUGAAGUCGGUGCUGCUGUCUGAGAAAAAUCAUAUGCGGCUAAAGAAAGAGAAGGUCAUCUCCAGCAUUUCCUGACAGAGACCAACUCUUUCCUGACAGCAUGGAGAAGCAGUUGCAUUUGAACCUGCUAGCAUCCAGACCCCCUAUGGCAGGUGGUUUUCAGUCCGGCGGCUCCAAAAUGAAAAUGGGACCGGGUCGGAAGAGGGAUUUCACCCCCUUGCUCUGGAGUCAGUACUUUGAAACCAUAGAAGAUGUUGAGGUGGAGAAUGAAAACGGCAAAGAUAUUUUCAGACUUUACUGCAGCGGCUCCAGUGGUCCUGUGCUGUUGCUGCUCCACGGAGGGGGCCACUCUGCGCUGUCCUGGGCCGUGUUUACUGCUGUCAUAUGCAGCAGGAUCAACUGCAGGGUGGUGGCCAUGGACCUUCGAGCUCAUGGAGACACCAAAGUUAGAAAUCCUGAGGAUCUCUCUGCAGACACCAUGGCAAAGGAUGUUGGUAAAGUAAUAGAGGCACUGUAUGGGGAGAACCCCCCUCCAAUCAUGAUAAUCGGACACAGUAUGGGUGGAGCCAUCGCAGUUCAUACCGCCAGCGCUAAUCAUGUGCCAUCCCUGCUGGGUCUCUGUGUCAUCGACGUCGUAGAAGGGACAGCAAUGGAUGCUUUGAACAGUAUGCAGAAUUUCCUUAGAAGUCGCCCAAAGACGUUUAAGUCUCUGGAGAAUGCCAUUGAGUGGAGUGUGAAGAGUGGCCAGAUUAGAAACAUAGAAUCUGCUCGUGUUUCCAUGGGAGGACAAGUGAAAAAGUGUGAGGAGUCCGCCAGCAAUCCAAGUGUCUCUAAUAGCAGCGGUGAGGGCAUUAUAGAGGAAGAGGAGGAAGAACAAGGAGCAGAAGAAUCGAGCAAAAAGCGAAUGAAGGAAGAAGAUCAAGAGGUCAAAAAGGAAAGCUUCUACACCUGGCGAGUGGAGCUGUCAAAGACAGAAAAAUAUUGGGAUGGCUGGUUCAGAGGUCUGUCAGCCCUUUUUCUCAGCUGUCAUGUGCCAAAACUGCUUCUGCUCGCAGGAGUGGACCGGCUUGAUAAAGACCUCACCAUUGGGCAGAUGCAAGGGAAGUUUCAGAUGCAGGUCCUCCCUCAGUGUGGUCAUGCAGUUCAUGAGGACGUACCUGAGAAAGUAGCAGAUGCUCUAGCAACAUUUAUGGUCCGACACAAAUUCACUGAGUUUAAGGAAGGAUUUCUGUGCUAACUUCCUGUCCAGAUGAAGCCAGCAGGCAUAGAAGAAAUAUUCCAAGGUUCAUUGUGCAACUUGGAAAGCUAUUUAAAGAAAAUAAUUAUUAUGAUUGUUGUUUUGCUGCUUUGGUUUUGUAGAUAUUUUGCCUUUAAGCUUUGCGUUGUUUUAUUUUAAAACACAUUCGAUUGUUUUGUUUUUUUCUUUAUACUCCAUAUUUUUUAUUCUCUGUUUUAUUUUUAGUGAUUGCAUCAUUGUUGACGUGUGUCUCCGAUGUAUCAGUUCAAACUAUAAUGGCAACAAUUCAAAAUGGACGCAAUAAAAAAUAUGUUCAACA